AUGACCGAUGUCAACAAAACACAGAGAAGGCGCCCUGAAGUGAACGAAGAAGGUUUGUGCGUCGAGUGUCGGCCGUGAAAUUCCAGGUUGUGGUAAUAUCGGUGAAAUUUUUUAAGAAAAGAGGACGGUGGAAGAGAAAAUUGGUCUUUAGGCCGAAGUAAAGUAAGUUGAAUUGUCUAGUUCUCUUACUCUGUAGCAAGAAACGCGCGUUUAUCACAACAGACCGCCAAUUAACCACAUCACCUGUCUUUCCGCGAUCUGCAUUUCAUUCAUGAAGACUUGUUUUUCGCCCUUCAAAAGGCAAAAAAGUAAAGAGAUACUUUCAACGUUAUCUUUUGUCUCUAAAUCUCCUUCCGUAAUCGUCUAUGUGGUUUUUCUUGUGGGCUUGAGGAUCGAAAAAGUAAGUUUAGUUUCAAAAUUGAAAAUGGCGGCAACAUGUCUUGUUUUGAUCAUUGUCCAAACAUAUGAAAUCAUGUGCUAAAAAGUGCAGUGUAAGUUAUAGGACUUAUCCAGGAGUAACACUAUAUUAUUUAUCAAAUAUCAGGUACCUACGUUUGUCAUUUGGUUAUUUAUUUUCAUGGAAAAGGUGAAAGCUGGAAUAAAAGAAAUAUUACGUAAAACAUCUAACGCUUACGAAUUUCCGAUACAGAUCGAGGAAUUUAGUAGUGAAUCGACGCAGAGCUCAAUAGUUUAUCGAUAUAGCGACUUCGGGUCUCAAUGCUUAACUUUUUCGGUAUUUAACGUCGCUAAAUGAUAGAGUUAGUUGGGUUUUUAAAUCAGAGGAAGUCUAUUGGAAUUGUUUGGGGUGUUUCUGGGGGCGUAGCACAUCCAUGUACGUAAGAGGCUUUACGUAAGAAGUUUUCUCUAAAGUUUUCCAAGACAACGAGAUAAAUGUUACGUCAUCUAAGGUCGUUCAAGUUUGGGUUUUUUUUUUUUUCCUGUCAAAUUCAGUUAUGAAUACAGUGCAUCAUGAGAAAUAUUUUUAUACAAUUUAUGAUUGUAUCUUUGAAGAAAGAAAGCAUGGUAACCAUGCGUGACCUUAAUUGAAUGACUUGCAAAUUCUAGUUAAUAUUACAGGAUCCACUCUUAUGUAAAUGAAUUUGUAUUGUAAUUACAGUAUUGUUGCCUACUCCAACUUCCAAUGAAACCCCACCAUAGAGUGAAUUUAUGGGCCAAACUUACAUGGUUCAACAGUCACUUGACCAAACGAAUUGUUUUGGAUAGUUCUGUUCAAUAAAGCAUGGGUUGAGCAUGUAGUUUAUCAUGCUGCAUUGAUCUUGUUCAUUAAACACAUCAAACAUAUCAAUGUUUUAGAGGGAAACACUUAGAGACUGAUUCUGUUCUGUUUAAUUAGUUGUGAGUUGCAACUUAUAGAACCAAAACAGACAAACCCGGACAAAUACCCUCCUGUAUUACUCCUUCUGGUAAGGUAUCUAUAUUUUUAACUGCAACAAAUUGGAGAUGAUUAUAUUUUUUAUUGCCAAUAAUAUUGCCUGAAUAAUAUUUCUAAAUUUUUUUCCUAGCAAUGACAGAAGUGGAUUAUCCAGUAAUGCCUGAACCAGAAUGGGCCAAGCCAAGAGACAAGAAAAUGCAAUCAACAGUAUGACCAGUUUCAUUUUCAUUAGAAUUUGUACCUUUCAUGUUUGUUGAUGAAAAAACUUUGCCUUGCUCUUUUGAGGGUGUUACCUUUUUUUCUGAACUUAAGUCAAAGACUGAAAUGUGACAAAAUCUUUGCACUUUUACUACCAACAGGGCUGUUAGAAAGUUUGAAAAUGGUGGCUUUCCUGUUAAAUAGGCAGCUGAUUUUGCUUUGAGGUUUCCAGCUGCUGACUAUUUUUGAUGACCCUAAUAUCCCUCAUAGUUACCCAAAAAACAGAAACCAAUCUCACAUGCCUGAGUGUUGUCUUUCAAAACUUAAACAGACUGGAAACCAUGGGAAUCAGUGGACUUCAUACAAGGGCAAAUGCUGGUUUGACCCUUAAUUAAAAUCCUCAAUAUCCAAAUACAAAUUCUCAAAACUGAUCUCCAUAUAUUUCCUGAACAGGUUAAAGACAUUGGUAAAAGAUCAAAGCACUUUUGUUUUGGUGAUUUUUUAAUCAAUUCUCAUAAUCUUUUCUUUUGAUUAUGCAUUGAUAUAGUUACAUGUAGGAGAAAAUAUAUGUUUGUCACUCUGGAGAUUUAAAGUGUUAAGGAAACACUAAUCUGGAUGGGGGCCUGAAUCUUCAUUUACAGAGUAACUCCAUUUAAUAAACUUAUAGAAUUUCAUCUUAUGGAGAAUCAGGUGAAUGAGAAGCUCAUUCACAGGAAGUUGUUACAGUGUCAGAAUUUUAACACCUCAAUUACACAUUCAUCUUUCAUCAAUCUUUUGCUCAAAGAGCUUUUUAUUCCUCUUGAAGUGUAAAUGUGAGAUGUGAGAAGUACUGUACUAAGGUAUCAAUAUUCUUAAAACCUCACACUCAGCUCUCUUUUGUCAUUUUUAGGAUGGUAAGCAGAACAUAAUUGCAGCUUUGAAGAAAACUGCAUUUGUUGUUGGCACAGCACUUAUUUGUUUUGCUGCAGCAAGAAACACAAUUACAUGGUUAGAGACAAUAAAUUAGUAUGUUUUCUAGUUUGUAGUCAUUUAAGACAAAGCCAGAAUGAUAUUCUCAGAAGCCUCUUUUUUUGCAACACAGCAAUCAUUACAUUAGUUUAUUGGAAAGUGAUGUCAGUGUUAUCUUUAUUUUAAGGAGAUAAUUUUCUUGGAUUCUUUCCCAGGCAAGUAGAGAGAUUCUGGGGUGCAUCUGGUGACUUCUGGCAAGGUUGCUGGAAGAAAGUGCAUGCAUUAUUUGGUGGAGAUGAAUUUUUACUUUCAGUUGUAGGUAGGUUCUAUUACAUGCAGUAAUCAUCACUCUAGCUGAAGAUAUCUUUGUUAUGAAGGUGACAUAAAAAUCUUCAAUAUUACACAAACUGUUUCAGACCAGGAGGGGUAGUUAGAAUGGUUCCUUGAAAAACGUGGGUCUCGGAAAGUUUUGGACCAAUCUCGAAAUUUUGGAAGUCUCAGUCACAAAUUUUGAAACUGGGUUUUUGCAAAGUCUCGAAUUUACCAUUCUUAACCUCUACCAGUUAUUAAGCUCUAGACAAAAUUUUGACUCGUCUAUAAUAAAUUGUUACCACAAAAUAUUAUCAAAAUAAAAAAAUAUUAAAGCAUCCCUCUUGAUUUACAUGUAUGAUAUACCUGCAGGCACCAACAACAUGCAUCGGUAACACAGUUUGCCUUGUUUUUUUAGGAACAAAUGUGGUGACGUUCCUGUUUUUUUGGCUGUUUGGUGGUUUUUAUCUCUUCAUGGACCUCACUGGUAGACCAAAGUGGGCUUUGCAGUAUAAAAUUCAAGAUGGAACAAAUCAGCCCGUAAGUUACAAAAUUCAAACCUCAAAACAUUUAGGCUGUUUUUAUGCUAGACGUUAAAGUCGUCUAGACGCAUUUAAUGUCUGAGACGUUAAAGUCGUCUAGUGUUAAAACGGGACGCACAAAAGUAGACGACCUUAUGUAAAAAAGUAGAUUUUUCUGAAAAAAGGACUAGGCUCUACUCUUGGAAGACACUGGACACAACUUAAAGCGGUGCCAAAAAUGAACUUCAACCCCGCGAAAUGCCAACAAAUUGUUCAAACUCUAACAACUCUUAGAACUGGUUGUUGUCUUCACUUGUAAACGAGCAUCUAACUCUUUCUUAAUGGCUUCAAAAAUAUGACCAUUAGCUGACUUUUUGAGUGCAAGAGUCUCCAAAGUUAAUGCAAAUUCAGUUCGGUAGUCUGCAAGAACAGAUACAAACUCCUUAAGUUCAUCCUCACUCCGCUUUCUACCACGAGACUCCUUCAUGCUCUUCUUGGCCGCCAUGUUGUUUUGCACUCGUCCCAGUCGUCUCUGGACGAGUCGAGCAUAAUAGGACAGUACACCCAGGCCGAUUAUAUGCUUGAUUUUUAGAAAACAGUCUCCUUUUUCUUUAGCUCAACCUUAAGAAGCUUUGGCGUGCAGUGAAGCUGGUGUUGUUUAACCAGAUAGUGGUUGGCACUCUUGUGUCCAUAGUACUUCAUCCUUUUCUACUCAAGAGAGGUUGCUCUUUCUCUACUGAGCUACCAGGUUUCCACUGGGUGUUGUUUGAAAUUGGGAUUUUCACAUUGGUGGAAGAAGUUGGUUUCUACUACUCUCACAGGUGAAGAUUUUAAUGUACUAACAUGUUUAUUAGCACUGCAAAAUAUGGUAUUUUAGAGCUAGAAAAAAAAAACCUUGUCGUAAAUUCCAGCUUGUCCUUUGGGCUUGUAGCUCUCACAUUUUGCUUGCCCAGGGCAACUACUUAUUUGUCUUAAUUAAUGAUUCAGUUAAAGGAUGACUUUUCCUUUUGUCAAAUGAACUUUAAAAGUUACUUGUCCGGCGAGAAAAUCCAGUCGUACCAGACGAGACUUUCUUUUUUGAGCCCUGGUAUUUUACUACCCUUUCUUGAGGUAAAAUUGUCGGGUACUUGUCAAGACAGUAUCACACAUUUCCCAAAUCCAGAUAUUUCUAAUCAAUGUAGUGAUUUUGUUACAAAUAGUUAUGGUGAGUCCUGGGACUCAUCUUGUUGAAAAUCAUGAGUCCCACUCCAGAACCAUUGAGUUCCAGUACAAAACAAAAUGAGUCCUUGGAUCUUUUGUAACCACACAGUUAAUUUGAGGUCAGACUACAAAACUCUGCAAGUUUACUGAAGUAAAAUAAACUUCUUCUAUUGUAAAGCACAAAAAAGAGUAAAAGAAAUAAGCAUCGUUUAUAAACAGCCAAAAGAACAGCCACAGAAAUUCAUACAAACAGGGUAUUCUACGGAAACAUCUUCUGAUCGACUGAUCGUUCUCUGCGUCCAUGGGAUGCAUACCACAAAAUAUUGGGCGUCUUGGGGAUUCUUAUGCCUCAGGGAUGCAGGACGCAGAGGUAACAAAAUCACUGUGAGGGGCAAACUCAUCUGAGUCUGAUUAGUUUAUAUCUGGUGUAUCACUAAGGGUCUGGGGCUAAGAAUUUCUCCUGGCAGGCUACUAUGAGCAUGAUGGCUCACUAUUUUCACAGGAAACAGAAGAAAAAUAAAACUUAGCAACCUUGUUAGCCCUUGCAAUUCCCCACCUUCUUAUUGCAUCUGAUAUACCCAGCAACUUGAAAUCUUAGUGACACUAUGGUUGAAAUAAAAGUUAUUGUCAUACACUGUACGUUUUAAUUAAAUGUUCUUGUUUUUUCCAUCCUUCAUCCUAAAGCAUUGGACUCUCAAAGAAAUAGUAGUAAAUGAGUGCGAGUCGUAUCAACCCGGAAUUGUGGGAAAAUAUUGAAUAAUAUUCCCAGGGCUGUCUUAUGAGGCGGGGGUUGGGGAAUUUCCCUGAUUUCCCCGCCUACUUUCAUAGGAAAAUAGAAGAAACAUAGAACUAAAAGAAAUCGCUAGCUGUUUUACCGGCAUUCCCCACCUGCUUGUUGUAUUUACUCAGCAACUUGAAAUCUUAGUGACAUCCCUGUAUUCCCAUUACCUGCAAAGUAGACGGUUAAAACACCACAUUCAAUGCCGUGAAAAAGAAUGUCAUAGAAUGUAAGUUUCAUAAAAAAACAUUUUUUUUAAUUCAUCUAGAGUGUCUCUUGAAAGCCCUGUUGAAGUCUAUACUGAUUCAACCUUACAACCCAUAAUUUUGUUGUUAAAAGAAAGUUUCAAAACUUUGUCUUAAUGAGUUUUUUUGUUGUUGUUGUUCUCCUAGGCUUUUUCAUCAUCCACGCAUUUACCGGUUUAUCCACAAGAUUCAUCAUGAAUGGACAGCUCCAAUUGGUAUUGUUGCAAUCUACGCACAUCCUCUUGAGCAUGCUGUAUCAAAUCUUGGCCCAAUCAUCCUCGGUCCGCUGAUCAUGGGUUCACACAUUGCUACGGCGUGGAUGUGGUUUUGUUUGGCACUUAUGACGACAAUCAACACCCACAGUGGCUACCAUUUGCCUCUUAUGCCGUCACCUGAAGCUCAUGAUUUCCACCAUCUCAAGUAUGUUGCCACUUAUUUAACUAAUUAGCGAUAUUUGCAUUCUCGACUCCAAAGCUUAGAUCGUGUUGUCAUGCCACGCCACAUCACCUAUUGACUGUAGUGGACUAUUAGAAAGGUGAAGAGCAUAGGGAACUUAAAACCAUACAACUACCAUAUUUCCUCGAAUAAUAAUCGAAUAAUCGCCCCACCUUUGAUGGAAAUAUUUAAAAUAAUUGCCUUCUCCCCACCCCUCUCGCCAUCUUCUCUUUCUUUUAUCCCCUCCUUGUCAAGUUGAUGUCGAAUCAAAUCCAGCAAAACUGCUCAGUGACGAUUCAAGCUCUCAAAAUUAAUCAAUUAUUCGAGGAAAUACGGUGUCUAUACACGUCCUUGAUUACCAUACAUCUUUGUUAAGAAUGUGCUCAAAUCAGCUUCGCAGCUUAAAAAUGCUGGAAAACAAGGAGUGGCCAGAAUACAGAAUUGUUGCGGUUAAGUGCGCAGAAGUCCAAGCUUUCAACGACGAAUUGAAUCUUCGUAGAGUGUUUUUUAAAACUGAAUUCUUCUUGUUUUUGCAGAUUUACCCAGAACUAUGGUGUCCUUGGCGUGUUGGAUCGUCUCCAUGGUACAGAUGUCAUGUUCAGAGAUUCCCGAGCUUAUGACAGGCAUAUCAUGUUAUUGGGAUUCAUUCCUCUCAAACAAACCUUUCCUGACAACCCCAAGAAGGGCUCACCUAAUAAGACCAAGUAAAACGUGGUUUUUUUUUUAAUUAUUUCUUCCCUGCAAUUUUUUGGUCAAUAUUGUUACUUUAAGUUCAAAUAGAACUUAGUUUAUAAAGGUUUGAAAGAAAAUAGUUUAUGCUGUCAUCAGUUGUG